AUGUACCUCGCCGCCCGCGUUGCCCGUCGAGGUACUUUGCGCCUAGCCAGGCGCGACAACGACGCCGGUGCUCGGGUGAUCGACUCAAAACACGCCUCUCCGCCUUUUGCCCGCUCGAUUCUUCUCGACCCCAGAGCAUUCCUUGCGUCUUGGACCCCGACGCCCUUGCCUGCUGCCAUUGCCCCUCGAGUCUUCCUUCUCCGGCACCGUCGCGCCGCUUUCCCAUCGCCCUCGUCCGCCUCUGCUCCGUCACCGUCGCCGUCGCAGUCGCCGUCACCACGAGGCGAGGCGCCCACGACGACAGGUCGACCGGGACUGGCCAUCGAGAAGGGGCCACUGAGCAGACUCAAACGCACAAGACACCCCGACGGCUCGACCGCUCCGUCGUCCUUCCACCGCCAUGCUCGCGCCUUCGUCUCACUCGCCACGCUUCUGAGACUUCUGCUUCGAUACCGCCCGCCAUCGCCAUUCGCCGCCGGCCUGGGGCCCUCGCGCUGCAUCUCUUACCGCCUCGACUCCUCCGUCCUAGAAUUCCACCUGUCCUCUUCCGACGACGGCCCUAUUGUCUUCUACUUCCCCGUUUUCUCCUCAGUUCUUUGGAUAUUUCACAUUGUCUUUCAUGUAGCCUCGCACGCCAGCCUCUCCUUGCCAUAA